AGGGAGAGGAGGAGGCCAGAGUGCAGCACUGAGCUCAGCAUCAGCACCGCCUGGGACCGGGCUCUUCUCAGCCGCCGCAGACCAAGGAACAUUCAUUACGAUGAGAAUUGCAGUGAUUUGCUUCUGCCUCUUGGGCAUCGCCUCCUCCCUUCCAGUUAAACAGACUGAUUCUGGCAGCUCUGAGGAAAAGCAGCUUUACAACAAAUAUCCAGAUGCUGUAGCCACAUGGCUACAGUCUGACCCAUCUCAGAAGCAGACUUUCCUAGCACCACAGAAUACUGUGUCCUCUGAGGAAACUGGUGACAACAAGCAAGAGACCCUCCCGAGUAAGUCCAAUGAAAGCCCUGAGCACACAGACUCUGUGGAGGAUGAAGAGGAUGGGGACAGCCAGGACACUGACGAAAAUGACUCCAGUGACCCUGACCAUUCCGACGCGUCUCACCACUCUGACGAAUCUGAUGAAGUGGUCACUGAUUUUCCCACUGAUGUUCCAGCAACCUCCGUUUUCACUCCACCUGUCCCGACCGGAGACACACACGAAGGCCGAGGUGAUAGUGUGGCUUAUGGACUGAGGUCGAAAUCUAAGAAGUUCAGCAGAUCUGAUGUCCAGUAUCCAGAUGCCACAGAGGAGGACGUCACGUCACACAUGGAGAGCGAGGAGGUGGGUGAUGCACCCAAGGCCAUCCUGGUUGCCCAGCGCCUCCACAGGGCUUCUGACUGGGACAGCCGUGGGAAGGACAGUCAGGAGACGAGUCAGCCGGAUGACCGCAGUAUGGAAACCCACAGCCACGAGCGUUCCAAAGAAUUCAAGCUGAAGGCCGAGGAUGAGAGCAGUGAGCAUUCCGAUGUGACUGAGAGUCAGAAUAAUUCCAAAGUCAGCCAUGAAUUCCACAGCCAAGAAUUCCAUAGCCACGAAGACAAGCUAGUCCCAGACCUUAAGAGUGAAGAAGACAAACACCUGAAAUUUCGUGUUUCUCAUGAAUUGGAUAGUGCCUCUUCUGAGGUCAAUUAAAAGGAGAAAAAUACAGUUUCCUACUUUGCUUUUAGUAAAAAGAAAAAAUACAUUAUAGCAGAGUGGGACAGAAUAUGAAAUGCUUAUUUCUCUGCUUAGUUGGUGAAUGUAUGUGUGUGUGGACCUGGAAACAGAUCAUGGUUUUGAUCGUUAGUUUAGUGUGUGACUUCAUGGUAACACCCUUGUAAACUAAAAGCUUCAGGGUCUAGCCUAUGUUCUUUCCAUAUAAGAAAUGCAAACCAUCACUGCAUUUUAAUGUUUGCUAGCCUUUUAUGAAAAGAAGUUUAUGUGAAAGCAAAAAUCCUUUUACACACUUAGAGAAUAUAAAAUUUCAUGUCACUAUGAUCUUUUGUUUUUUAAAUUAGUUUAUAUUUUGUUGUGAUUAUUUUUGUUGGU